AUGGAUAUGCGCCAGCUCUCGGAACUCAGAGAUCCAGUGGAAGUGAUUGAGAGAAAAAGAUUCAGAUGGGCCGGUCACGUAGCCAGAAGAACAGACGACAGAUGGACGAUACGGAUCAUAGAGUGGCUACCACGAGACCAGAAGAGGCCCAUCGGAAGACCAGCAACGAGAUGGAGCACAAGAGUGGCAGAGAUGAUCAGAGAAAUGAUGGCUAGAGUGCAACCACCAUCACUAGCACAAGCAAAUCGAAGACUUCGAACCAGGAACAAUCAAGCUAGGAAACACUGGAUGACAAUAGCAAGGGGUAGAGAAAUGUGGAAGCAGGUUGUGAUCUGCGCAAAUAGGAACGCC